AUGAUGACAGUGACUUAUCUGGCAAGACCGUAAUGAAGAUAAAGUGAGUCGAUAUGCCUAAAGAAGAGUGCCUGGCACCCGGGAAGCCUUAUGGAAAUGUCAGUGAUUGUUAUUAUUCUUGUUAUUAUUUACUUGUUAUUAUUCUUCUCACCAUGCUGCUACUCAAAGGGGCCCCGGUGGUGAGAGAAAGUACUUGCUACUUUGUCUUGUCUGGAUUUCUCCAGCCUUGCACCCUGGGAACUCAAAGUACAACUCCGUGUUGUGUUCUGUAAUGGACAAUUAUUGCAGUGGGAACAGUGGCAGGGAGAUUAUCCUCUUUCCCUCUCCAUCCCCCUUGCCCUGGCGCCUGUGAAACAGAGCAUCCCCAUGGCAACAGCGGCAGCUGGUCCCUUGAUAAGAGGAGCUGGAGCCGGGCAGCAGCCACUUCUGCAGAGGAGCGGCCCAGCUUGGGGAGGAGGCUUGCCCUCCCUAUCUCUCACCUUCUCAUCCCAGAGCCCACACUGAUUGUGCUGGAGAAGACACCCCUCCUUCGAUGAUGUCCACUGAGCAAAUGCAACCACUGGAGCUCUCAGAAGAUAGGCUGGACAAGCUAGACCCUCAUCGCGAGCACUUAGAUGACCUUUCAGACCAGUUCAUUAAGGACUGUGAUCUCAAAAAGAAGCCAAGAAAGGGAAAAAAUGUACAGGUUGCCCUGAAUGUUGAAUCAGACCAAAAAAAACCAAGGAGAAAAGAUACGCCAGCAUUGCACAUCCCGCCUUUCAUACCAGGUGUGCUUUCAGAACAUUUAAUUCAAAGAUACGAUGUUCAAGAGAGACAUCCAAAUGGCAAAAUGAGUCCAGCUCUCCAUAACACUGACCUGGAACAGAAAAAGCCAAGGAGAAAAGACACACCUGCCCUGCACGUGUCCCCCUUUGCAGCAGGUGUGACACUGCUCAGGGACGAGAGACCCAAAGUGAUCAUGGAAGAUGACGAAAAGGAUGGUGACAAAAUAGCUAUUUAAAUAGAGUUCCCCUAAGACCACUUGUAAAUAGGUUAGAUUGGCGACCUAGAAAAAAAUAGACUUGCUUCUGCUCUCCUUUUGUCAUAAUCUGCCUUCAAGAUCCAGAUGCCUUUCCCCCAGGAGGCAUGCUGUAUCAGAUUGCCAGUCACCUCUUUGACUCUCUUUUCUUUCUUGACUCUGGUUUCUAUUCCCACCUCUUGAAUUUUCUUUUUCUAAUACAGUGGAAAGCAAAUAGAUCGGUCUAAAGUGGGAGGUAACAGGAAAAGCUCCAGUGUUCAGCUUCUGCAUCUUCUAGAUCAAUUCAUGGGACAAAGAACAGGAAUAGCAUGGAACUUCUUUAUUUCUUGGUCUAUACAUGUGAGCAGGACUUGACUUUCCAUUAUCCACACAGCAGUUCAAAGGCAGACUCCUUGUUGCCAGUUACAGAGGUGAGAAGACUUGGGUCCAGACUCACUGAUUGCUUUGGAGAACAUGGUCUUUGAUCUCUUUUAUCUUUCCUCAAGAGUCCAAGUGUCUCUGGUGACAUUUCAAAGCUCCUUGUAACUGAUGCCAUAAGGGUGAAUGAGUUGGGAGAGUCAACCCAAUCAACCAUGCUGCUCUACUGAGAAGCUGAGCAAUAUCUCUUAUUUAUUUUUAUUUUUGAAACAUCUCUUAACCAUGUUAUCCUGAAAUCUGUGAGCUGUGUCCCAAGUGAACCAUGAUAGGUAGAAUAUUGUUUGUGAUCAAUUUUCUUUUUAAAAAAUUAAUUAAGAUCAAUGGAAGGCAUUCCUAUAUUUUUAUCAUUCUGACGUAUUUAGACCCCAAUGUGGAUUCUUGAAUGGGAAGGAAAGAUGUGGUGUUAGCUACUGAGCAGGGAUCUGUACAUAACCCCGGUCCCUGCCUGCUGGCUGUGGGUGCUGUAGGAAGCCUUUCCAUGAGGGUCCAAUCUACCUGGUGAGGGACAUGAGGAAAUGCAAAAACUGUUGUUCAAAAGUGGAAAAGUGGAUGUUCAAAGAGUUCCCACCUGAAUGGGCUAAUGUGAAAACUCUAUACACUCUGCUCCAAGAGACUGUCUUUCUCACAAAUGUGGACAAGAUGCAGGACGCUGCUGGUAAUAAAAAUGCUUCUAACCACA